UGCAGUAGAGUAGGGUGACGGUGAACGCUGCCAGUGUGCUGCAAAUGUGAAAGAAAAGCAGGGACUUGCUGUUUAUGUGCCGACUAGAAAAGAAGAAACAGAUCCAGUGAGGGGGCCCCAUGGAUUAGGAGACCAGCUGGAAGGCAAGAAUACAUGAAUAGAACAAGUGUCCUCCAUGCAAUACAACUGAAGGUGGCAGAACAUUUCAGAAAUCCAAUAAACAAAUAAAAUAAAUAAAUUUCUUCCAGCUAACCAUCAAGAGUUCAAAUAGACUCUUUAGACUCUUUUGCACUGUAUUAUUUGUUCUUAUUUUGGAAAAGUGAUCACCAUGAAUUUCCUUCGAAGGCGCCUUUCAGACAGUAGUUUUGUGGCCAACUUGCCAAAUGGUUACAUGAUGGACCUUCAGCGUCCAGAUAAUUCCACCAGCAACCCAGUUUCCCCAGCAACAGAGAGGAGGCAGCAGCAUAUACAGCAACCUGCUCCCCUUUCUUCUGGUACCAGCAUCUUCAGUUCCAUCUCCAGUGCCAUGAAGCAGACAACACAAGCAGCUGCAGGAUUGAUGGAACACUCAGCAAGUCUUACUCCUGUAGCCCAGCAGAAACCCCAGAUCCUCUUGGUUAUUGAUGAUCCACACACAGAUUGGGCUAAAUAUUUUCAAGGAAAGAAGGUGAAUGGGGAAUUUGAGAUCCGAGUGGAACAGGCAGAGUUUUCAGAACUGAACCUGGCUGCUUAUGUAACUGCUGGCUGUAUGGUGGACAUGCAGGUUGUAAGAAAUGGCACCAAAGUGGUCAGAUCCUUCAAGCCUGACUUUGUUCUUGUCCGACAGCAUGCUUACAGCAUGGCACUAGGAGAGGACUUUCGAAGCCUUGUCAUUGGCCUACAGUAUGGUGGAGUCCACGGUGUCAAUUCACUUUUCUCCAUCUACAAUUUCUGCAGCAAACCGUGGGUGUUCUCUCAGCUAAUUAAGAUCUUCAACUCCCUGGGUCCUGAGAAGUUCCCUCUUGUAGAGCAAACUUUCUUCCCAAGUCAUAAACAGAUGAUCACAACUCCAGCUUUCCCUGUUGUCAUCAAGCUGGGACAUGCUCAUGCUGGAAUGGGGAAGGUGAAAGUUGAAAACCAGCAUGACUUCCAAGACAUUGCAAGCGUGGUAGCCAUGGCCAAAACGUAUGUCACAACAGAGACUUUCAUAGAUUCAAAAUAUGAUAUUCGGAUCCAGAAAAUCGGCAACAAUUACAAAGCUUACAUGAGGACAUCGAUCUCUGGAAACUGGAAAGCAAAUACAGGUUCUGCCAUGCUGGAGCAGAUCGCCAUGACUGAGAGGUAUCGGCUCUGGGCAGAUUCAGUUGCAGAGAUGUUUGGAGGCCUUGACAUUUGUGCAGUCAAAGCUGUCCACAGCAAAGAUGGGAAGGAUUAUAUAAUUGAGGUGAUGGACAGCUCAAUGCCUCUGAUUGGGGAGCACAUAGAGGAAGACAGACAGCUAAUAGCAGAUCUCGUUAUCUCCAAAAUGACACAGGUCUUCCUGAGUACAGGAUCCUCCCCUUCACCUCUAAGACCUUGGCCACAGUCAAUGAAAUCACAGUUGCAGACUCAAUCCGGCCCCCAACUUGGACAACUUUCCCAACCUCGCCCGCCACCUCAAGGGGGGCCACGCCAACCUCAAGGACCACAGCCUGCACGGACAGGAGCUCCACCCCAGCAAAGGCUCUCUCCGCAAGGUCAACAACCUCAGAGCCCCCAGUCCACCUCACCCCAGCAGCAGAGGUCACCUGGAUCUCCCCAACAGACUCGAUCAUCAGCCGGAAGUUCACCGAGUCAGCCUUCCAAACCUGCCACCUUUCCUCCACAGCAGCCUCGACCCCCAGCUCAAGGGCGAGGUCCUGGUCAGCAGGGCUCUGGAGAAGCAUCAAAGAAGCAGGCUCCUCCUCAUCCACACCUAAACAAGUCACAAUCUCUUACAAACACCUUCAGCCUCUCAGAAUCUUCACAGCGAGGAAAUCCCAACGAAGACGAGGCAAAAGCUGAAACCAUCCGCAACCUGAGGAAGUCAUUUGCUAGCCUGUUUUCUGAUUAGUUUUUCAGCCUGGAGUUAGAGCAAUUUUGGAUGUGUGUUUUUAAAUUUCCUAACUGUUUUAUAUAUUCAUCUGUCUAGUCUUGUCCUUGGAUUACCCAGUAUUAUGUAUAGUUUCUUACAGAGCCUAUUCUUACAUACAACAAAGGGAUGCAUCUCAACACAUAGUGGGAUCUUCCACAUCCAGACUCUUCUGAACAGUGCAUAUCCAUGACAAUAUGCACAAUAUAUGCACGCAUUUCAAGUCUGAGGGUAAAGUUCAUGUGAUACUGAGCUUACAAAUGUGGACACCUUAUAGGGAUAUUUAUAGGAGACAUAUGAAUGAAUGGCAACGGUGGGUGGCGCACAGUCCUGAUGCCUCACCACUCAUUCACUCAUUAAUCUACUUUACUCUUUAUAUGAGUAUGCCCAGAAUUUACAAAUAGAACCUUUUAGUUAUCUUUCAAUGGCUGAAACUCUGUUGCUUGGCCUAAUAGGUUGCACUCAUUGGGGAUAUGAUGAGUCACGUCCUCUUGAUUCCAUUGAUUCAAAUGGGCCUAGUUAGUACAACUUGCCAUGCUAAAGUAAGCCGCAACUAGAAUAGGUCCAUAUGAGUCAAGGGAAAUUACAAAAGAUUUGACUCACUGAAUCGCCAAAUUCAACAGGCCUACUCUAAUGCAACCUACUACACUAAGAAACAGGACUUCAGCCUGUCUGUUAUUAACACACCCCUUAUGUAUAUAUUCAGUUUACUUGCUUCAGAGGAUCAGAGAUAAUUAAAAAGUGUCAACAAUGUAAAAGGCAUUCUCAAAGCUAGUACAGGGAACUUCAAGAAGCAUACAUCCAGCCAUAGAUUACAGCAACCAACUUCCUGUUGAACUAGAGCCAAUUUUGCAUGUCAAAAUGAGAGAAUUUUCAAACUGCCCUUCUUAUAAUAUUCACAGCAGAGCAAGCAUCUAUGAUGCUAGGUGUGGUUCGCAGUACUUUUUACAUGGCUUAACAAAUCCAAAUAAUUUCUAGCCAGAUUAUUUUGGUCAACAGCACCUGAUCUCAAAUCCAUUCUAAUUCUGAGCCGCACUUAAAUUUAGCAUCCUAGUGGCAUUGGGAAUGGGUAGUGAGGUUAUUCUGGCUCAAAUUAUUUUGUUCCUUUUGCUACAAAGGUUCAACCUCCCCAAGACCCCAACAGCUAUUUUAUGCUGAUCCUACGCAAUACAGUUCAAAUACAGACACAUGAUGCACAUCACACUUGUGAAUAUGCAAAACGUAUUUCAAAUUUACUGUAGUACAAAAAUAGCCAUAAUACUUUUCAAAUAAGGACUGGACCCAACACACUUCCUACAGAAACCCAAGAGUCAGGAAAAGUGCAACAUCAGCAUGACUAUGGAUAUGCUGAAGAAGCCAUGUCAGAUGCCGAUCAAGAACAAAAUUAGUAGAUAUAAUUUUAAAAAGAUAUCCAGCCAGUCACAGAAUGCAACAACUAAAUGCUCUAGUGGGAACAAAGAAGGGGGUAUUUGGGGGUUACCCAAAAUAAAGAUUUGCUUCAUUGUAAUCCUGCUGCAUCUUCUCCCAUACCAGUGUCAGAUUCAGCCCUUAGCAACAUGUUUUCAAAGUCUGGCAAGAUGAGACUACCUUCUAGGCAUAAAAAGAGGAAGAAAAAGCAACGAGGAAGAAAAGUUCAUGCCAGGAUUCUAGCUAUCCAUUUUCACUUUGGAGCUGAAGAACAUGGUUGACUUCCUUUUCACAACACUAUCUAUGCAACACUGAAAUAAACAGGACAUUGGCCUGGCACCACACUUCCGAUGGAAGUAAACAUAGUUUUAACAAAGACAGCUGGACUAAAUGAUAAGGUAUCCAUAAGCUUAUCAUUUGACUUCUCUACAGUCAAAAUUAAACAGAAUAGCUACGUAAGAUGUCGAAAUGCACUAAGUCAUGCCAUGGGCCCUGCCCCCAAUCUUAAUGAGGGGUGGGAACAGGUCGUGCUUAGUACUAAGAAUUUUUUUUUACUAUUUAUUUAUUUAAAAUAUUUUUAU